AUGAUUUACCGCACCACAUCUGGUGAUGAAUGCCGCAAAUACCAAAUGCACGUUGCUACGGCAAUGUCCGGAAAUAAUAAGGAAAUUUCGAAUGAGCAAACGCUUAACUUGUCUGCUGUCCUGUCCCAAUGUAAAUCAUAUCGAAAUACACGAAAGGUUUGUGAUAAAUCCCUCAUUGUGGGCGGCGACAAUGCCGAUCCCAAAGAGUUUCCCUUUAUGGCGCUGUUAUUUUACAUAAAUGGACAUGAACGUAUCGUUAUGUGUGGUGGAUCAUUGGUCAGCGAUAGAUAUGUUGUGAUAGCGGCAUGUAUCUUGGAUAACGAGAUGGUUACGAAAUUUUAUAAAGAAAAAACCACCGACGGACGUGAUUUUCCACAAUUUCUAGCUACAGGAUGGGGUACUCUCAAGGAUUACGGUAGAUCACCCAGCCAUUUACAAAAAGUCAAACUGGAUAAUUUCAAUGAUGAGCUGUGCCUCUCGAAAGUGGAUAAAGCGGCCAUCACGAUUAAUACAACUAUACAAAUGUGGGCUGGAUCGUAUUACUAUGAGCGCGAUAUAUGUGCGGGCGAUUCAGGAGGUCCACUGUUUGUUGAUCAUCCCGAUUAUAAUUGUUUGUUUUUGGUUCUGGGUGUUCUUUUUAUACCCGACCUUCGAUUUAUGUUGAUUGGAUAG